CUUUUCCAAAGAGAUCAACGUGGUGGUAGGACGUACGAAGGCCUACACAUUAACAUGGUAAUUGUACUAGUAUAGUAAUGGAAAUGCCAGAAAUAUAAAAUUAUUUUUAAAAUCACACAUUGAAAGCUUACUAUAUAAACUAAAUUAUAUUUUGAAUGAGAUUUGACCAUUUAAUAUUAAAAUUUAUGCUAGAUUCCUCAGUACUGCUCAGCUUACUUCGGCUUCGGUAGUUAUCGGAUCGUGUUAGGCCGGCCUUAUUUUGUCUCAUAAAUUAUUUUGCUGUCCUCAGACUGUCAGGCAGUUACAUCGCAUUAUCAUAAUGAAUGAUUAUCAUUUGUGAUAUUUACUCAUGCUUGCCAUGCCCGGUCAUCACCAAUUGGUUGAUAUAUGUUACGUUUAAGUGAUCUGAUAUAAUAUGCAAGUAUGAGUAUGGUUAGGCUGAGUAGACUUUUUAUAUAUUGGCCAAGGAUAACUAUGUUAGUGCUUUGUUUAACACUUGCAAAACCAAGCCCUCUGUUCACUAAUAUCUAUCUUUACAUUAGUCUAGCUAUCAAGUUUAGUUAAGUCUUAAGUGGCAAUAUGUGAUGAUUCUUAGGUCCGUGUUACUGACACUAUGAUGUUAAUCGCCUCCUGAUAUUGCCAAAUUUUACAUUAUUUGCAAGUGAUCAUUAACAAAUGUUAAUUUUAAGUUUGUUUUUUUUUACCCUGGAGAGCUAUAUUUUGCAAAAUAAGAAAUGGAUAAGUAGGGGUCUUGUAAACAAGGUACCUGUAUACUUGUAGCAUUCCAAAUAUAUACUAUAAUUGGUAAUGGCUUUUUCCUAAAUGACCUUACUACAUUAAUUAAAAGUGCCCAACAGACUGUUUUGAAACUUUAUUUAUAUGGUACUUUUCAGGCAGCCAGACCACUCAUUUCUGUUCAUAGUGAGAAGGGCGAAACAACAGGUGCCACCAUUUGUCUCCCAGCAGUGUUCAAGGCACCAAUUCGCCCUGACAUAGUCAAUGCAGUUCAUUUCCAGAUGCUGAAGAACACCCGUCAGCCAUAUGCAGUGUCAGUGAAAGCAGGUACAUAUUGCAAACUAUUAAGAAUAGGCCUAAUGGCGUAUGUCUUUAUUUUAAAUAGUAGGCCAGCAAGACUUAUUUAUUAAAGUGCCAAUAAAAGUUUUUUAAUGAACAUUUACCACAAAUUUGGUUACAUGUAUGCUUAGACAACAUGGUACAGAAGUAGACUCUGCUAGUCAUAAUGAUUUAACUUUUCCUUUGCAGGUCAUCAAACAUCAGCUGAGUCAUGGGGAACUGGUCGUGCUGUCGCACGUAUUCCUCGUGUCCGUGGUGGAGGUACCCACAGAUCUGGUCAGGGUGCUUUUGGAAACAUGUGCCGUGGUGGUCGCAUGUUUGCCCCUACCAAAACAUGGAGACGUUGGCACCGUAAAAUUAAUACUAACCAGCGCAGAUACGCAAUAACUUCUGCCAUUGCUGCUACUGGUGUUCCUGCAUUGGUUAUGUCCAAAGGUUGUAAUCCCUGACAAUUUUCUAGGAUUUAUUCUCUUGGUUAGAUUAGGCCACUGAAGUUUUUUCAAUUACUGCACUCUUAUUUUAGUAGGAUCUUUACAUGAAGCACUAGGUCAGAACCUUAACUCAUUCCCGACGGUUGCGACUAAAUGCGUCCUCGGGGGGUUCCUCCUGAUGCGUCCCGGCGCAUAGCGACACACCUCUAUUUUUAGUUAAAAAUAGCAAUGAAAUCUCGCACCCCUCGAGACUUCCGGCUAUGGCGUGAUUUCUGCGUGAUUUUAAUUUAGAAACCGGAAGUUUUUAUCUUGUUUCACUUUAAAACUACGUGUGCUUUAGUACGGCGCGUCUAUAUGUACCAUGUGUUCGUCCGAGGUGCCGAAAAUCGAUUUUUUUGGCCAUUGUUCGUUAUUUUUCCCCCGCUAAUGUUAUAUUUAUAUUAAACCUUAUUCAUUUUUUGUUGCAUUUGUUCUUAAUUCAUUAACAUUAAAUAAUAUUUAGCAACUUAAAAAAAUAUUUUUAAAAUAUAAAUCAAUUUCAAAACUGAGUUGCUUCCCUUUUCUCAGGAAAAUAAAUUAAGUCCGGAAGCAGCGCUGCCGGAGGGAAUGAGUUAAAACUACUGUAUCACAAUUUAAGGGUUUUGUACAUUUUCCUGUCUAACUUCGCAUUUAUUGAUUCCAUGUGUGAUACUGUCAUUCUUCUUUGUCCAAUUAAGUUGUCUAUUUGUAUGUAAAAUUUUCUCAACUUUAGGCAGAAUAACUUAACAUUUUUUUAUUUUGCAGGUCACCGAAUUGAAGAAAUACCAGAGGUUCCUUUGGUUGUCAGUGACAAAAUUGAGGAAAUCAAGAAGACUAAAGAGGCUGUUCUUGUGCUGAAGAAAUUGAAAGCAUGGUCUGAUAUUGAAAAGGUGAAUAUGGUUAUUUAUGCAUUAUUGGAUUUAGGCAUUAAUGGCACUUGUGAUGAAAAUUAGGUCCGUGUUACAGAUUUUAUUGAUGAUCCUAUUAUCUGAAAUGCCAAGUAUUUAGAUAUAGAUGAUUGUUUUGUACUUUAACCAUCGUAUCUUUUUGCCUUAAUUACUAACUUGAAAUAAUUUCACCUAAUUGUAAUAGGUAUACAAUAGCAAGCGCUUCCGAGCAGGUAGAGGAAAGAUGAGGAAUCGCAGACGUAUCCAACGUAGAGGACCUCUGGUGAUUUACAAUAAAGACAAUGGAAUUACAAGGGCCUUCAGAAAUAUUCCAGGUAUCUAUUAUUGAUUAUACUGCAUAGGAAGAAUAUUUUUAAAAAUAAAUUAUAAAUGGCAACACUUGAUGAUAAUAAGGUCCGUGUUUCUUACACUCUGUGAUGUUGCUCUCCUCCUGAUGUUGCCAUACCAGUAUUAAACUAUUGGAUUUUCAUUUUGAACAGAUACGAUUUUUGAAACAUAACAUGUUGGUCUCACUAUCACGAAAUAUGAUUUAAAAUUUAGGCAUCACCCUUAUCAGUGUGGACAGACUCAACUUGUUGAAAGUAGCUCCUGGUGGUCAUGUUGGUAGAUUUUGCAUUUGGACUGAGUCUGCCUUCAAGCGCCUUGAUGACAUUUAUGGGACAUGGCGUAAGGAGUCCAAGGAGAAGAAGGGUUACAAGUGAGCUUAUACUUGAUAUAUUGUUUGUACCAAUAUAUAUGUGUGUGUGCCAUAUGUGUUUAAGAGUUAACAUAUAUUAACCUUCCUAUAUACCUGGUACAUAUAAUUUUUUCUCUUCAUUACAAACGAUUAUCUUUUAAAAUGUUGAUUCCAGCCUACCAAUGCACAAGAUGGCAUCAUUUGAUUUGGCUCGUCUUCUGAAGAGUGAUGAAAUCCAAUCUGUUCUCAGAGAUCCCAAGUAAGAUAUAUAAACAAGUUGUUUUAAUAUAUAUUUUAUUGGGAUGUUAUCAAUUAAACUUUUGUAAUUUAGUUAUAUUGAGGUGAUGCAAUUUUUCUAUUUUGUUGUUGUUUUUUUUCACAGGAGAGAGAUCAAGAGAAGAAUCUUGAAGAAAAAUCCUCUUAAGAACUAUCGUGUGAUGGUUAGGCUUAACCCUUAUGCCAAACAUGCAAAGAAGCAAGCAAAGCAUAUUGAAACCCUGCGUAAGCGUGCUAAAGAGGAGCUGCUUAACAAAAAGCGUGGUGUAAGUUGAUCCAAUCAAUAUCUUGAGUCCUUGUUGCUUGUUAAAUUUUGGUAGCAAUUUGGUUUUUUGGUCCUAAUUCAGCUAAAUGCUGGUUGUUCAAAUAACUUCGGAAGCAAUUAAAACCUUUGAUAAUGUAACUACCAUAUUUACAAAUAUUAAAUUUACUUGAUUAGCGAUGAAGUAUAAUGAAAUAAUAGAAAGUUGUAGGUUGAGGGUGUGCUUAAAAGACAGAUGAUUUCAGGCCAUUUGAACUGACAACUUUCUUUGUGGCAGUUAAUGCAUAUUUGCAUGUAUAUAUUAUUUUUUAUCCUUAUGUGAUAGUUAACAAAUAGAAAUAUUUGGGCAGUGUGAUAAUUAAACUUUCCACUCUUUUGAAUUAUAGAUUAAAAAGCCACUGGAGCCCCUCCCCAAAGGUAAAUCUGCAGUAAGAAAAGCUAAGCAAGUUGCCAAGAAAGUUAAAGGAGGUGCUAAGAAGCCUGCCAAGAAGUAAUUUUACGUUGUUGCAGAUGCUGUGAAAUUUUAAUAAAUACAUAUAAAUUUGUCUAGUUUGCAUUGUCUUUUCAAUUUGCAACUUAUGUAUUUAUUUUCUUAGAUCACAUUUGUCAAUGGAAUUUUUAAUUAAAAGUUGAUACACUUUGUUCAAAAAAGUCACCGCUGUUGUCAUGUUUAAAAGAACUUGAGUUAUGAUAUUUUUGGGCUUCGAUCAGGCUACUACUACCAGAAUAACAAAGUUAUGGUGUAUCCCUAAGGCUCUGGUCAGACUGGUACUGUUAACAUAGUAAAUCAUUUAAAUGUUACGUUGAGUGCUGCAGAGAUAUUAGGAGGUACCUCCAGAUCAGUGAUGUCCUAUCUAGUUUUCUCCUGCAAAGCCAAGGAUCCCUCAUCAGUUCAGUAGUACCCGAUUUCAUGUCACCCAUAUUCAAGAAUCGUUGCUUUGACUUUGUUGUGCUUAAAUUUUAAACUGUCAAGCCAUACCACUCCUUAGCUUUUUUUGACCUUCCCCUAUGGUGUUACAACUUCUCAAGUAUUUUCUCAAAGCUUUAAUCAAUUAAUGAAAUGAGAAUCUAGCUGAGUUGAGGGCAUCGAAAAAGAAAUUAAUCUGUUACACUGGCGUAAUUAUAAAAUUAAAAAAUAAUUUCAAAAUGCUUAGUAGUGUGCAUUUUUUUGAGUACCGUACUGGGUAUGUUUGAAUUCGGUGUUUCUAUUUAUUU